AGAUAUAACAGAAAUAGUACGAGUAGUAAGCUAGUACUCAUUUUCCCCCGUAUUUUGAUGACUACAUAUCCCAUAAUCCACCAGACCGGAAGCGUGCGACUACAACACAUCAGCUUCCCUCUCGCGAGUGCCCUGCAUUUCUGUCCGUUAUUUCAUUAAACGCUCAUUGUAAAAGGAGAUUAUUUAUUUGAAAAUUGCAGAAACCACAAUGUGCCAUUUAAAAUAGGAUUUCAAGCCUAAAUUCAUGAGGAAGAUAACAGCCAACUGCUGUGACGAUGAGGAGGCUGAACAGAAAAAAAGCCCUGAACUUUGUAAAGGAGUUGGAUGCUUUUCCCAAGGUUCCUGAGAGUUAUGUGGAGACAACAGCCAGUGGAGGAACUGUGUCUGUGUUGGCCUUCACGGCCAUGGCACUCUUGGCCUUCUUUGAGUUCUUUGUAUAUCGAGACACAUGGAUGAAAUACGAGUAUGAAGUGGAUAAGGAUUUUACUAGCAAACUACGAAUUAAUAUUGAUAUCACAGUUGCCAUGAGGUGCCAAUUUGUUGGAGCAGAUGUGUUAGAUCUAGCCGAGACGAUGGUGGCAUCUGAUGGCCUUCAGUAUGAACCUGUUAUUUUUGAACUUUCUCCUCAGCAGAGGCUCUGGCACAGGACACUUUUGCUCAUUCAGAACCGUCUGCGUGAGGAACAUUCACUCCAGGAUGUUUUGUUUAAGAACGUCAUGAAAGGUGCCCCCACUGCUCUCCCACCCAGGGAAGAUGAUCCCACUCAGCCUCUAAACGCCUGCCGGAUACACGGACACCUCUAUGUCACUAAAGUAGCAGGAAAUUUCCACAUCACUGUUGGCAAGGCCAUCCCACACCCUCGAGGUCAUGCUCAUCUAGCGGCCCUGGUCAGCCAUGAGACAUACAACUUCUCCCAUCGGAUAGACCACCUGUCUUUUGGAGAGGAAAUCCCGGGCAUAUUAAAUCCACUGGAUGGCACGGAAAAAGUGUCUGCAGAUCAUAAUCAAAUGUUCCAGUACUUUAUUACCAUUGUGCCCACAAAACUGCAGACGUACAAGGUGUCAGCGGACACACACCAGUAUUCCGUCACUGAGCGGGAGCGAGUGAUUAACCACGCAGUGGGGAGUCAUGGGGUUUCUGGGAUCUUUAUGAAGUAUGACAUCAGCUCACUGAUGGUGAAGGUGACUGAGCAGCACAUGCCCUUUUGGCAGUUCCUCGUGCGGCUCUGUGGCAUCAUAGGAGGCAUUUUCUCAACAACAGGCAUGUUGCACGGUCUGGUUGGCUUCUGCGUAGAUGUGGUCUGCUGUCGUUUUAAACUGGGGGUUUAUAAACCGAAGAGUAUGAGUGUUUUUGAUGGCCAUGUGAACAGCCGGUCACCUCUCCUUUCUGAGAACGCUGAGCACUAGCUGGCCUUUCCUCCUUCACAACAUUUAAAGCUCAUUUCAGUCACUUUUCAGUCACAACUGUAAGUUUCAGGUUUCUGUUAAUACAUGAUAUUGAGGUUGGUUGUCAUUUGUGGUACUGUAGAGAUCUGUAAGCACUGACACAAUAACUUUUACACUGGCAUAAAUUCAUAAAUGAAUAGAUUGUACCUCCCCAGAAAAUCUUGUUUGGUGCAAAAAUGAUUUUGGUGAAUUGAAAUUAGUGGACAGCUUUUUAAAAAAGUGCAGUCGUUAUAGAAAAGGAUUCUUGCAAAAAGCUUGUCAGUUAUUAUUAUUGCACUCAUGAAGACAAAUUGUAUUUUUCUAAAUGCAAGAUAACUUGAUUGUCUUUGCUUGGAUGAAUACUCCCUUUUAAAAAAGCGCAGGUCUAAAUCUGAAUAUCAGACAAUUUAGUUUUAGUUAAAGUGACUUUAAUACAACCAUAAAAGAUGAAGUAGCAUCAGGAACCGUUCAGACACAACACAUCAUGACAGUAUUAAGAUCUGGUUGGGAUGUUUGGCGUGAUUGGCCCCAACCAGAUCCGAGAUCUCCACCUCAGGAAGGUAUGAUUAUUUAGCAUCCAUGUGCAUUUCAAAAAAUCGUGUAUAUUAUUGAUAAAUUACAUCCGAGGGUCCAUUAUAAUGCAAUCAUGAUUGUAUUUGGUUGAAUGAUUGAAUUAUAAGGGAGAUAGUGUUAAAUAAGUCAUUUAAGCAUUCUUUCUGAUGCAAAUCAUUUCCCACAUUACUUUUGCAUGAUUACAGAUCACACCGUUGAUACGUAUUUUCUGGUGCCAAAACUUUUUCUAGUUCCAUUAAGGUAAAUUAAGGUCCCUGUAAUAGUUAAAUCAGAAGGAAAUUUCCCUUUUUUAAAUUACACUCACGUAUCCUGUAGGUGUAUUUUACUCAAUUUGUGAAUUUUAACAUGACACUCUCCAGAUUCGGGAUGUUUUAUUUGCUUAUUAUUCAGUGUGUCUCCUAAGAGUCCAAAUAAAAAGAGUUUCGUAUGCACCUGCACACCUGUGAUAUCCGUUUUUAAGCAUCACCAUGUGUCUGUUCUUGUCUCCCGAGCUGCAAAAUAAAAUCUUGAUUCCAUAUUUGACAGCUUGUCCUGAGACACUGUAAACUCUUACAAUAGACGCCUCUCGAAGUACCAAUCACUAAAAAUCUGAGGGUUCUUUUUUUUUUAUUAAAAUGAAUAAAUAUACAAUAUAUUCUUACAUGUCAUUGAACAUUCUCAUUUGUUCUUUGUUGUUGCUGUCUUUCCCAUAGGACUCUAGAAAGUGCAAGCGUGCAAACGACAGUUACUAGAGCAGCUGGUUUAGAAAACAAAUCAGAAAUCACCUUUGUUCAGGCAUCAACCAACAGUACAAAAAACCCAUACAAAUCAUAACUAGAUUUUCAUUCCCUGAAGAAAAGCAGUGCUUGCUGCAAUAUAAAAAAAGAAACAAAAGUAAAGUAAAAAGAGAUAAUCCACCAAAAACAAUUUACUCACCCUCAUGUCGUCCCAAACCCAAAUUACUUUCUUUGCUCUAGGGAACACAAAAGAGAAAUUUUGAAUAAUAUUCAUUUUCCAUACAAUAAUAAUUACUAAUUCAUUAUGAAGUUGUCAAGCUUCAAAUAGAAUAAAAAAUUAAAAAAAACACAUAAGAGCGUAAUUACGCCAAUUUUUGGUCCUUUUUGAAGGCUGAAAGCUGCAGUCCACUGGCAUUCGCUGUAACUGCAUGGAAAAGAGUGACCAAGCCAUUCUUCAAAAUAUUACGUUUUGUGCUACACAGAAGACAAACGGGCAGGUUUGCAAUGGCAUGAGGAUGACUACAUGAUGAAGUAUCUCUUUAAAUACUAUUUGGUAAAAUUAUGUUAGCGAGCACUGU